UCACUGUAAAGGGGCGGGUCUUGUAUGUGGUCUGCAGGUUUUCUUUGAGCUCGAGCCAGGUUUUCGGUGUGAGAUCCCCUAUUUGAGGUUUGGAUCGCGAGCGGAGGGACAUAACGUUUUUUCCGAGAGGACAGUGAGGUACCGCGUUUGGAAAAGUUUUUUCACGUUGUGGGGGGAUUUCACCAGAUUGACGCGUCGCCAUGACGACCGAAGUGGGUUCUGAGACUGAGGUGAAAGAAAAAGCGGAGGAGACAGCUACUCAGCCCGACCAACCGGAGAAGGCCACAGAGGACAACCAGGAAGUAGCAAACAGUGAGAACGCCACUGCAGAGGGGGGAGAGGAGGAGGUGGAGGUGGUGGUGGAGGAGGAGGAGGAUAAGAAGGAGAAGGACGGGAAGGGAAUCUCAAGAUUCCUCCCUCCAUGGCUUAAGAAGCAGAAGUCCCAAGGCCAGGUGGUGGCCAAUGAGACCUCCCCCACUAAUAAAGUGAUUUCCGAGGCGACAGAGGAAGAGGAGGCGCCGGCCCCGGCCCCAGAGACAAACGGCCAUAUCGAGGAAGUCGAAGAAAAGGAAGAAGUUCAGUCGGAAGAAGUCAAGCAAAAAGAGGCAGAGUCAACCUCCAACGCCAGUGCGGACACCCAGCCCGCGACGGAGGAGAAAGUGACAGAGAGCACCGCGCAAAGCCCCGGCGAGGCUAAGUCUGCGACCGAGGACGUGAAGGAAGAGGAGCAGCAGCAGCAGCAGAAGAAGAACGAGGUGGAGGGGAAGAGCAUAGAGCCGGCGGCGACAGGGGACGGCAAAGGAACAGCAGACGAGGGGCUGUCCUCCAUCUUUCAGUCUCCCCUACGUCUGGUGAGGAGGAACAAGAUGAAGCUUGUGGUGUGUCACGUGGCCCUCCUGGACGGAACCGACUUCCCCUGCGAGGUUGAGAAACGUGCGAAGGGACAGUUCUUGUUCUUUAAAGUCUAUGAGCAUCUCAACCUAAUGGAGAGGGAUUACUUCGGCCUGACGUACAAGGAUAGCCACGAACAGAGGUGUUGGUUGGACCCUACUAAGGACAUCAAGAGACAGAUACGCAGCAACAACUGGCAGUUUUCAUUCAACGUCAAGUUUUACCCUCCCGAUCCCUCGCUGCUGACUGAAGACAUUACCAGGUACCUGUUAUGUCUGCAGCUCCGUGAGGAUGUGGCCUCAGGCCGUCUCCCCUGUUCAUUCGUCACCCAUGCCCUGCUGGGAUCCUACACACUGCAGGCAGAGCAUGGGGACUACGAGCCUGACCAGCCACAACCUCUGGACUACAUCACCAAGCAAAGCUUUGCGCCCAAUCAGAACAAGGAGAUGGAGGAGAAGAUUCUAGAACUCCACAAAUCCCACAGGGGCAUGAACCCAGCGCAGGCGGACACCCAGUUCCUAGAAAACGCCAAGAAGCUAUCCAUGUACGGGGUUGACCUUCACCGCGCCAAGGAUUCUGAGGGUGUGGACAUCAUGCUUGGUGUGUGUGCCAAUGGGCUGCUGGUCUACAAAGACAAACUUCGCAUCAAUCGAUUCGCCUGGCCCAAAAUACUCAAGAUUUCAUACAAAAGGAACAACUAUUACAUCAAGAUCAGACCAGGAGAGUCUGAGCAGUUUGAGAGCACGGUUGGAUUCAAACUACCCAACCACCGUUCUGCCAAAAGGCUGUGGAAAGUGUGUGUGGAGAAUCACAGUUUCUUCAGGUUGAACAGCCCCGAGGUUCCUCCCAAGGCCCGCUUCUUGACCCUGGGCUCCAAGUUCCGAUACAGCGGGCGCACGCAGACCCAGACCCGCCUGGCCAGCUCCCUCAUCGACCGGCCCGCGCCCAACUUUGAGCGCACCUCAUCCAAGAGGAUCAGCCGCAGCUUAGACGGAGCACCUGUGAUAAACAUUACUGAGGCGGGCAGUGAGAACGGCCACGAGCCCCACCUAGAGCUGCACUCUGACUCAAAGAGUCCAAUGAGAGUGCAUGGGCAGAAUAUUUAUGUGAGGCACAGUAAUUUGAUGUUGGAGGACCAUGAUAAGACCCAGGAGGAUGUGCUGAGGCACCAGGCUAGCAUUAGCCAGCUAAAGCGCUCCUUUAUGGAGGCGCCGCCCCCCUCACCUCCUCAACCCAACCAGUGGGAGAAACGCUUCAGCUCCUCCCCAGCCGCCACGCUCCGUGCACAGCACCACCCCCCGGAGCAACCAGCGGCCAGUGUCCCAACAGAGGUUUCCGCAGCCGAUAACAACAGCUUCCCUGAUACCAAAGAGCCUGGAAAGACGGCCCAAGUUGAAAUAGAAGAGACUCAUGUCAUCCAGGAGGUUUCCAAGGAAACCAAGCCUGCUACAGUCACAGUGACUGUUAGCCCCUCCCCCGACGCACCAGAAGGUGUGGCUUUGCAGCCGGAGGUCAGGGAGCAGGAAGUUGUGGUCGUGGUGGAAGAGGCCUCGGACACGGCCACCAGGGCUCGGCAAGAGAGCGUUUCGUCCGAGAGCGAGAGCGACGAGGAGGCGGAGUAUCAGCCCAACCUGCCGUCGCCCAUCUCUCACACGCUCAUACCCGAGGAGAAGGAGGAGGAGGUAGAGGAGGUGGAGAGGGAGGAACAGGGAGAGCAGGAGAAGGGUGUUGAGCCCGCCCCCAUUACCAAAGAGACCGCUCCCCAUCCCAUCGAAGCCAGCCAAUCCGCUCAGGAUGUUGAGAGGGAGAACGGGGCCGAGGAAGAGAAAGGGGAGACGGAUGACAGCACCGAAGAUCCCAUGAUGACACCAGACGAAGUCCCCAACGGCCACGCCCUCCCUGAGGAGGAAGCCCCCGGAAUGGCUGCUUUGGCCGAGGAAGAGGAGGCUAAAGUAAACGGAGAGUCCCCGAUGGCAGACUCAGAGCCCCGCCCCCAGGUUAUUUGUUGCUCCGAGCCUCCGGUGGUGAAGACCGAGAUGGUGACCAUAUCCGACACCUUCGCCGCCCAGAAGACCCACAUCACCACGAAGGAAGUGCCCAUUGUGCACACGGAAACCAAGACCAUCACUUACGAGGCAGCACAGUUGGAUAACAACGGAGAGGGGGAUCCUGGAGUUCUGAUGACGGCCCAGACCAUCACAUCUGAAUCUCUGUGUACAACCACGACCACACACAUAACCAAGACGCUGAAGGGCGGCCUAUCGGAGACGAGGAUCGAGAAGCGCAUCGUCAUCACCGGGGACUCUGACAUAGACCAUGAUCAGGCUCUGGCCCAAGCCAUUAAGGAGGCCAAAGAACAGCACCCUGACAUGUCAGUCACCAGAGUGGUGGUUCAUAAGGAAACUGAGUUGGCUGAGGAGGACGAGUGACUGAAGAGCUGAAGGACCCCUGAAAUGGUUUCCACGUUUAACCACCCUGUUCAUCCCAUGAUAACCCAACCUUGACCCAUUUGAAGAGGAGGAGGAGGAGGGGGAGUGGCAAGAGGACGAGUAGCAAGGGCCAUAGGAGAGGAAGAGGAGGAGGGGAGAAGGAGUCCUUUUUCUGUUUGUCUUUGGUGCUUCAAAAGUCCCUCACUCCCUCACAAAAGUCAAAGGAAAGAAAUAUCCUCACACUUUCUGAAGGAAAAAAAAGAACCACUUUGUUAGCAUAACAUUUGUAGCGUGUUUUUAUUCCAAUUGUUUUAAUAGUGCUUUUUUUUUUCUCUUCAAUUUGUAUGCUUUCGCAAAAGAGAACAUAAAUCCUUGGAGAAGCUGAUACCAUGUCUGAUAGGAGGUGUGAUGGUAGUAUUUCAACCAGUACUGUCAUCUGGAGUAUCCCAUAAACUGGUUACGCAGGACCAAAUAUACACAGACUAAUGUACUUUUAGACUAAUUACACCAAAGCGAUCUGCAUCGUGCUGUUAUCAGCACAUGGUAUUAGCCGUUUCCCAUCAUUUAAAAACAUUUAACAAAUACAAAACAUCCCUCUCAUAUUCCAUCUCUGGCUAUUUCUCGUGACAGUGGAGCUAGGAACUAAAACAUGGAUUGAAAUAGUCUUCGUGGGGAGAUGGCUAAUUCUGCAGGAGGAAUGGCAGACCGGUCUUGACCCGUUAUAUCUAGGAUCCAAGUGUUUUCGUCAUGUUCCAUUUUGCCAGGCAUUUGUGUCAAGGGAAUGGUGGUGUCCAUUUGGUUUGCAUUAGUCAUAAGCAGCCGCUAUAGAAAGGGAGCUGUAAUUGAAAUAUUCACAGUAACACCACUACCCCUCUUUGCUGUAACGUCGUCAUCCACAUUCCUACGUCGGUGACUUGUGCUGAAAGCCAGUUUGUUUUUAAAUGUAUCUUCGUUUUUUAUUACCAUUUGAGAUGUUAUAAAAACCUGUUUACUAUGGAAAUUAUUUUAAAGACCGUUAUACACCAGCCAAUCUGAACUUGGUUUCAAAACAAAUUCAUCCUUGGAAUCCAAAUGGUGCAUGACACAGUUAAGGGAGACACUAUUUUUUUAAAACCCGUUUUCCGUCUGCAGGUCAAAUAUUGGUUAGGUUGGUUUCACGGUAAAUAAAACAUAUUUAUCCGUCAUUAUUGAUAAAUGGGAGUAGCACAACAACAUUCAGUUGAUGUGGUUCUCGAUCGCGCUACGAACUUAGGCUCCUUCGGUUCUUGUAGUAAUUGUUCGGUUCAAACGUGUUUUUGUUGUGCCGCGGGGAGAAGAGAUAGCUGGCGUGUUGAGCGAUUAAUUAGGCUUCAUCGAUUAGUUCGGGUUCAUCGAUUGGUUCGGGGUCAUCGUUGAGGUACCGCUUGAUUGGUUGCAAAGCACAUGGGCAGUUAAGCUGUUCUGAAUCCUGGAUAAAUACUGGGUUGUCAUACACACACAGGCGUUGAGGUACGGUAGUGAAACGAAAAACGGGCAUUUUUUAUAAUAUGCAUAUUACAACAUGCGACGGGACCAAAAUAUUGCAACAGCAAACGUAACUGGACUUGACAAAAUUAUUUUUCCUUGUGUGUGUUUACUGUAUCUCUACAACGAGGCGCAUGGUGUGGUGCGCUAUUGGCCCUCACUAUAAUCUAUAAAAGUUAAAACCAAAAGCUCGGAAGGAUCUUUGAAGCGCAUGUUUGGCCGUGGAGAUGCGAGAAACUGGCUGUACUGAUGAGAGAGACUAACUGGAAGACUAAGUGAACACGUGUCGGGAUGUGUAGAGCUCCAAUCUGGGCUAGACCUCAGAUGUUAUGUUUGAUGUGCAGUCUGGAGGAUUGAGGGAGAAAGUUGUGAGAAUUACAAUCGCAUUCACCUCCCAUAUUUUGUAGCCUUUUUGACCGGUUCUGGUGCAAGUGCUGUGUUCCAGCAAGGCACCGCAAUACAAAACUGUAAAAAGAUCUGAUUAUAAGAACGAUUGCCCAGGACUGUUUGACCUUGUUCUUUUCAGCCCCAAUAAGACCUCUGUCAACAACUAUAUUCUGGUGUUUACGUGGACGAACAUGAAUCUAGUGGGGUGGAUGUAAACACGCUUUGCAUCUGUUGCAGAACUUUGGUCUCUGUUGCCAAGCAAAACGUUAUGCAGAGAAGUGAACGGAUUUGGUGUGACUUAUCCAAAUGUUUUGGUUUUCCAUUUCAUUAUUUUUUUUUUGUAUUGUAUUUUUUAUUUGAGGCGAUACAUUUAGCCAGCUUCUAUUGACCACCGUACUCUUUCAAUGCUACUAAAAUACAGAUUUAACUAUCGAGAUAAUUCAAUGAAGCCAACAUGGUACUCUAUUGGGAGACGCCGGUCUGAAUACUACUAUGCAGUUAUAUGACAUUCCAGAGGGUGGGUCACCUGGUCGACCCUCUCAACAACAAAACCAUUUCCAAAAGCAUCGCUUACUAAAAAAAUGAUUUCAACUUCAAUGUAAUUUUCUUUUUGUAUUUUUUUUCCUCCAUUUUAAUUGAAUGUCUUUUCUCUGUGAACCUGUUGCGUCUGACACUUGGCCCUCGGUAUACUCUCUUUGAUAUCUCUUUAUAUAUUUUAGAGUGAUUUCAUUUUCUUUCUUCUGCGUGUGUGUGUGUGGAAGGUUUAAAGAAAAGAAACACACAAAUAUGAUUCACAUCAUUGGAGUCCUCUUCCAGGAGCAUAGCUCAGUUUGACUGGAUUCCCAGGGGCGUUGGUGCUGUAUCUGGACCCAGAGCUCAGGAUCCCUGUUCUCUGGAGGUUGGUCUUCCUAGAUAUAUGUACUCAUUUGAACACAAUGGAUCUUUUAGUGUUGGAGAAACCACUUAAUUGAUAUUUGUUUUGUUUUAACCAAAAGCCGUAAAAAGAACCUUGGACUAAAUGAUGGAUUCGCCCCCUAGUCCAUCUUGAGCAACCGAUUAUCGUCUUACCACGGAAAUGCUCAUUACCACCUUGAACAUUGUCUUAUUUCUCUGUAGGCUUAUUUAUUUCUGGCUUCAAGAACAAAAGCAACCAGGAUAGAAAACUUUUUUCAAAUGUUUCAGGUACCCGCUAAAUGUAAUGAACGCAUGGGUACAGUUAAUUUGUUGAAUUACACAAGUAAGAUUGGUGUAUCACUAUUUAACCAUGUUUUAACUUGACCUGUGUAACUGCAUAAGUACAUUAUUUUGGAAGAGCAAACCCCUCCAUCAGUUAACAGUGUGCCCAGUUGUGGGCCAUCAGGCACUGGAGCUUCCUUAGAAGAGCCCCUCCCUCGAUUCUCUCUUAGCCAACCAAUGACCACCAAUAGUUUCACUUAUGAGCAGCUUGAUAUUAAAAUGUGUCGUGCACAUCCCUUCACAGCCACCCCUGUCUUGUGUAACACUGUUUAAAUAAAGGAUUGUUAUACUCUGAA